GCCCCACAAACCUCUCCCAUCUUGGACUUCGCCCUCCGGUGAAAGCUACGGCUCGCCCCUGCGGUCACCACCUGUUGGGAAGGAACCCGCGGAGCGCGCACCCACGCCCCGGGUCCCUUUCCUCCCCGGCUCAGACUUUCCCGCCGAGCACCCUGCUCUCCCUUGCCCGGCCCAGGCUUGCAACUUUCCCCCGAGCCUGGCUCCGGCCCCGCUUGGCUGGUCCCCGAGAGACGCUGCCUUCCCGCAGCGCCCCCGCCCGCGAGCCUCCCGCCGAGGGGCCGAGCGCCCUCACCCCUCACCCGGCGCCGGGAGCAGGGCGAGUCGGGCGCACGCGCGCCCCCCGCCCCUGCGCCCCUCCCCGCAGGCGGCGCGGCUUCCCCUGCAGCGCCUCCCCUCGCGGGGAGGGAGCCGGAGGGGGCUCCGGGCGCCGCGCGCAGACCUGCUCCGGCUGCGCGGCGCGCCGCUCUCCUCCGAGGGUGGCAGCAGUAGCCGCGGCGGCCGCGGGGGUUCUCGGCUCCCGCAGCUCCUCGGGGGCGCCGAGCGCGCCUCUCCUGCGCCCCCAGCAUCCCCACCCCGCUCCCCGCCGCCCAACAUGGACUUGCUCCUGGCGCUGGUGCUCGGGUCCUCGCUCUACCUGCAGGCGGCCGCGGAGUUCGACGGGAGGUGGCCCAGGCACAUAGUGUCAUCCAUUGGCCUGUGUCGUUAUGGUGGGAGGAUUGACUGCUGCUGGGGCUGGGCCCGCCGGUCCUGGGGACGGUGUCAGCCUUUCUACGUCUUAAGGCAGAGAAUAGCCAGGAUAAGGUGCCAGCUCAAAGCUGUGUGCCAGCCACAGUGCAAACACGGUGAAUGUAUCGGACCAAACAAGUGCAAGUGUUAUCCUGGAUAUGCCGGGAAAACCUGCAAUCAAGAUGAACACGUCUACCCAACUCCUCUUGACCAAGGCAGUGAACAGCCUCUUUUACAACCCCCGGAUCAUCAAGCCACGAGUUUGCCUUCAAGGGAUCUAAACGAAUGUGGCCUGAAGCCGAGACCCUGCAAGCACAGGUGCAUGAACACUUACGGCAGCUACAAGUGCUACUGUCUCAACGGAUACAUGCUGAUGCCGGAUGGGUCCUGCUCAAGUGCCCUGACGUGCUCCAUGGCAAACUGUCAGUAUGGCUGUGAUGUUGUCAAAGGACAGAUUCGGUGCCAGUGCCCCUCUCCUGGCCUGCAGCUGGCUCCUGAUGGGAGGACCUGUGUGGACAUUGAUGAAUGUGCUACUGGAAGAGCCUCCUGCCCUCGAUACAGGCAGUGUGUCAACACUUUUGGGAGUUACAUCUGCAAAUGUCAUAAAGGCUUCGACCUCAUGUACAUUGGAGGCAAAUACCAGUGUCACGAUAUCGAUGAAUGCUCCCUUGGUCAGUAUCAGUGCAGCAGCUUUGCUCGAUGUUACAACAUACACGGUUCCUACAAGUGUAAAUGUAAAGACGGAUACCAGGGUGAUGGACGGAACUGCGUGUAUAUUCCAAAAGUCAUGAUUGAACCUUCAGAUCCAAUUCAUGUACCAAAGGGAAAUGGUACCAUUUCAAAGGGUGAUGGAGGACACAAUAAUUGGAUUCCUGAUGUCAGAAGUACGAGGUGGCCUCUGAAGACACCGUAUAUACCUCCUGUCAUUACCAAAAGGCCCACUUCUAAGCCAACAACAAAACCUACACCACAGCCAACUCCACAGCCUACACCCCCUACACCCCCACCCCCACCCACUGAACUCAGAACACCUCCACCGGCAACAACCCCAGAAAGACCAACCACCAGACUGACAACUCUAGCACCAGUUGCCACUACAUCUCCAAGAAUGAUUACAGUUGACAACAGGAUACAGACAGAUCCUCAGAAACCCAGAGGAGAUGUGUUCAUUCCACGGCAGCCUUCAAAUGACUUGUUUGAAAUAUUUGAAAUUGAAAGAGGAGUCAGUGCAGAUGAUGAAGCAAAGGAUGAUCCAGGUGUUCUGAUACACAGUUGCAAUUUUGACCAUGGGCUUUGUGGAUGGAUCCGGGAAAAAGACAGUGACUUGCACUGGGAACCAGUGAGGGACCCAGCAGGCCAGAGGUUACAUCGGUUUCCUAAGGCCACAGAGCUAAAGAAUGGACUUCCCAUCCAGGCCUCCCUGUACUGCCCGGGCAGCCACCUCAGCAGUUCAGCGCCCAGAACAUCUGCAGCAUGAUUCUGGGGUUUUCGCUACUCCGUGUGGCCUCCGUGUCCUGGGGUUGUGUGCGUGAUCCGAUUAGCGGGUCUCAGGCCCGUAGAUCUGAGUGACCACGGACCUGGAGUGGUGUGCUACAGAAGCAAGGAUCUCUAGCAACCAUGUGUGUUAGAAUGAUGACUAGUAUUCGUGGUCAUGAUGCGUAACUCUUUCAAGUAAGGUACCCACUGGGGAGGGUCAUUCCUGCUAAACUCAGGAGAAUUCAUGGCACUUCUCUGUAGACCGUCUAAGUAAAAUAUUUGACUUUUAGAACUUAAAUACUACCUUUUAGAACCAACUUAGUGCUUUUCAACAGUUUUUAUUAUUCAUCACAUACGUAAACGUUUACAUUUGUUGCGACCCCAAAUCCACUUGCCCUCCGAUAGAAAAAUGAGGAGAGGAUUGGCAGUUAGAGUGGUAGACACAGAAAGGUUUGAAAUGGUCCUUUGGCUGUGAUAAUAUAGAACAAGUUGAAAGGACGUGGUGGCUACUUGGGUGAUUGGAUAGCUCCUGGUGAUUGGCUCUGGCCCCUCAAGGAUGCUCUUCUGGGGUUGCUCCAGGUUUUUACCAAAAACGUGGAUGAACUGGAUGUUGAAGGCAUACUAACCAAUCUGUGGAUAACUUUAAAGCCAGAGGAGAAAGCGACUGUGUGUGCUGACACAGACAGCAUCCAAAGAUUAGAUUAAUGGCUCACACGUAAAAAGGUGAAAUCUACUGGGUGUGACUACAUGGUAUAUAGCUCAUGAUCUAGAAACUACCUGCACAGCUGUGGGAGGAGAAGAUGUGACUUAGCAGAAAGUGUGAAAGACUUUAGUGUUUUCUUGGGUAAUAAAUCAAUAGGAGUGAACCCGGUGUCAUCACUGCCCAAAAGCUGGGUCAUUUCCAUAGAAACAGGUAUUUUCUCCAGCAUGGAAAACACACUUUGAUAGGUUCUUACCAGUCUUACCUCUAUACGAGAAGUACAGAGGUAAUUGUAGGUCACUUGGAAGAGAAUGACCUGGAUGGAAAGGUGUCUCAAAGCCCGUAGAAAAACAGGUGAGGAACCCAGAAUGUUUAGCCUGGAGAAGAAAUAAUGGAGCAGGGCAGCUUUUCAAAUACAUGACCAACAACAUCUCUCUCAGUUGUUCUGUGAUCCCAAGGGGAUAAGAAGUUGGAGCAGUAGGUGAAAACUACAGGGGAUGGAUUUUUGCUCUCAGCACUUUACCAUAGUCGGAGCUGUCUAAAGGGAAAUCAGGCGGCUGUGGAAGCAGGGAGCUCUCUGUUGGUGGAGACAUGUGACUGGGUGACAUAUGACAAGAUGUUGUUUUGAGAAUUGGACAAGGGUUGGAUCAGAAAGCCUCUUCUACUGGCCCUGGGGGCCUCGGACUCAGAAUGGAAUGUCCCAGGUAAUCCCAGGAGCUCAGUGAGCAGGUUUCUAGCUUGGAAAAUGGAUGGGAAGACCAAAGAUGGCAGAGACUCAGAAGAGGUAGGAAGGCAUAGCUUAUGACAGGGCGGAAUUGCAGGUGGGCUUUUUAGAAUACGUAGGGGAAUUCUAACCAUAUACAGAUUCUAACAUAUUCAGAUGGAAAAUCCUAAUGAAGCUUACUUUCUGUGCCUAUUUUUCUUCUAGGAAGUUCAAAUUGGGUUGUGUAUGUAUCACAUGCUAAGGCCAGAGAAGACUACAAGCGAUUUAAUCAAUUAUUUUAGUGUAUUAUUUUCAUUACCAAACUAACCGUCUGCUUGUUUCUAUCUAGAUUAUACCAUUUGUAAAGGAACAUAUGUUUGGAUUUCCACAUAUGUUUUUUAUGUUGUGCAUGUCUUAUCCAAGAUCCAGAUUUGCAAAUAUUCUUAUAUGCUAAUAUCUCUUUUAAAAAACCCUCAAUUAAACAAACUUACAACUUUGAGAAACAUCUGCAAAAUAAGUUCAUCUGCUAGUCGCCUUCCUGCUGCCCAUUAGGUUUUCUCACAUUCAGUCUUGAACUUAAUUGCGAGUGAAAUUAAUCCAUCCGCGAAGGAAUGGAAAAUUGUGCUCCUGACAGAUGCGAUGAUGUGCUGCAGGCUUGUCACUGUGGCCCUGAACACACGCCCUUCUCCUGUAGCAUCAAGGCUAAACUUGGGGCCCUUUUCCUGGAACCCUAAUCUCUGGGGAUCAAGAGUUAAAGGUAACUGACUCAGCACUCUGUCUGCUACUGAUAGCUACAAGGGAUUCAUUUAAAUAUAAAACAAUAUGCCAGCAUGUACGUACAAGUAACUCUAUUGCAGCAUCAAGAAUCGUUAUUUUGAAACACAUGAAAAUGGAAAAAUAAAUCUACAGUGAAAAUAAAAGCUGCCUCCCAACCCUGGCUCCCAGUCGUCCUCCCCAGAUACAACCGGUUUCUUGGUUACCUUUCCAGAGAGAUAUUUUUUCCACACAACAGCCCCCUCUUCUGUACCUUGCUUCUUCCACUUAACGAUAUUAUCUUAAGAGGCAACGUGAGUGUGAACUUUGAAGCUAGAAUACCUGGCCUGAAACCCAGCACUAGCUUUGAUCUUGAGCAAGUUACUUAAAUGGGGGUAGUCAAUAGUAUCUAUUAAAUAUAUGUAAAGCAUUUAUAGCAAUCCCUGGUCCAGAGUUACUGUUAAAAUAGUAUUAGUCAUUGUUGUUGAAGAUUGUCCUGUACCAGUAUGUACAAAACCCCUUCAUUCUUAUUAAUGGUGGUCACUCCAUCACUUCUUAAACAUAUUUAACCAGCCCCGCACUGAGGGACGUUUCAGUUAUUUCCAGCCUUUUGUUAGUUCAGACAAUGCUGCAGUUAGUAACCUUGUACAGAUAUCAUUUCAUAUAUGUUUGAAAUUUAAAUUUUAUCACCUAUAUAUCUGGCAAGGGUUACAGCAUCUAUUAUUUACCAGAAAACCACUUUAGAUAUUGUGAUGCUUUAAACUGAAUCUAUGAAAAUACUGAAUGUAAUUUUAUGUUUAAACUAGUAUUUUGGAAUCAGAAGUAAAAUUUUUAAGAGGUAAUUUGUUUGGAGUGCUAGAUCAAGUCUUCCCUUAGCUACAGUUCCAACUUUGUAUAUGUUCAUUUAUUAAAAAGGGAAAGAAUUCUUCAUGGUAAGAAAACAAAAAACAAACAACCCAAAAAUCCUAGUGGCCACAGAGUAGCCCUGUAGGGAAAGAGCAAUCGUAACCUCGUUUAUAGAGUUUUAAAUAUCUGUAUAAAAGGAUUAUUUGACUCUUUUAUUAAGAUGCCUUGGUUUCUGUUAGGUUGUCUUGGUUGCAGGCAGCAUCUGGCAUAGUAAUAUUAGUAUACAUUCCACAGGGCUUUAAGAUAAUCCUUGUUUUCUUAAAACUUGCAGGUUAACUGUAAUAACCUUAUAUCUUAGUCUCAACCAAAAUACCUGUGAUGAUUCAAAAAGCUGACUAACGGGGAGACAUUCUAAAUCCAUCUAAAUAUUUUGGCUCAAAAUAUUGUUUCGAUUAAUUUGGGGAAGAGAAGGGGCGGAAGGAAUACAAAAAGAAAUUUGUUUUUGGUGAGUCAAGUACCUGACUCAAGGACUUAUUUCUCUGUUGUUUUUUGCUGUAUUCUUGGACAGUCAUUUAUUCAACAGAUGGCAUUAAACUCCUACCAUAUCCUAGGAAUGUAAUGGGGUUUGGGCAGAGAUUGGUUCUGACAUCAAAGAGUUUACAGUCUCCUAGGGGAGAGAAACGUGUAAACCAGUGAUUCCCGUGCUGAACAGGGGUUCAGGCAGUUCUGAACUCAGACUGUUACUCUGCCUCCCAUUGGCUGGGUGACACCUUGGGUGACUUCACUUCUCAAAGCCUCAGGCUUGUUUUGCAGAUGUAGAAGCUAAUAAGUGUUCACUUCAAGGGCCUGUUAGCAAGGUUAAAUGGGAUGCUCCCCGGAGAGCAUUCGCACAGGACCUGGCACAUCACAGGUACACACAAGUCACCUAUUCAGGCCUUUAAGGCUCAGAGGGGACUUGGUAGAGAAGUCACUUGACGAAUAGAACAUCCCAAACCUUGUCAUGUCUUGUACAGGUUAAGCAUAAGAAAUGAUUUUCAAUGAAAAAUAAGUGGGGUUUCUACCAAAACAGAUACACGUGUUCAGCAUUCCAACCACAUUUUUCUUACGGGUAAGUCAGGGUUGAGACUAGUGUGUUUUUCUGUUGGCUGCAAUAAAACAGCCUGAGAGGGAUCCGCUUGUACACGAAUUGAGUUUCUAACUACCACUUGCAACUUUCCAUCUCUUGAGAAGCAGCAUCCCCCACGUCACUGCUGCUCAAACUUUCUCCCCCCUUAAUUGCAGUUCCUCUAACAAUAGGGGGAAGCAAACUCUGAAGCCCUAGGGAUCCAAGGACAUCAAAGGGACCUUUCCAAAGGAAAAGAUUUUAUUAACAUUCUGUGUUCAUGAUAUAUAUGUAAUAGAAAAUUUACAUAUUAAUAUUGUUAUGGAUUUGUUUUUAUAUAAAAAUGUUUCAAACUACUUACCUCCAAAUAAUAAUGAUGCUCCGGGAAGAUGUGGCAGGUUUCCAGAACACCCCUGCAUCUUCUUGAAGUCAGGUAUGAGAAGCACAGCAAACUCAUUUUUAAAGGAUCCUUCUCCGUUUAGAGAUUUUUUUUUUUUUUUUAAGCAGGGAGAGGAGAGAAUCAACAGAUCUAGUGCCCCCCUUUUAAUCACCACCCGCUUUACUGCCAGCAGGCAGAAAAUCCACCUAGAAAAUUUUCCCUGGCAACUGAAAUCAACCACCGCACCAGCCAGCCAGCGUGACAGUAUAAUCAUCCUAGAUGCGUGAGGAUCGAGGUGGUGAAGGUGUGGAUGCCUGUGUACGUCUGAUCAUAUCCAACUGGAAAUACUUAUAGCGUUAGGAUGACUAAUUAUUGCGUGUUCUUGGCACAUACUCUGUACUCCUGAGCGAAGUGUUUUCUGUAAACACAAAGCCACAGAAUUUAAGACAGCCAUCGAACAUAAGUCCUGUUUUUCUCCUUCGAAAAUCUGGACUGCUUUAGUCUUGACCGGCACCGUCUGCAGGUCCCUAAUGCAAGGGGCGUGGCCCGCGCAUCCCCGCCGUGGGGCGCCGGCGGCCCCGGGCGCGCACCCACCGCCCCGCUCUUC